GUAGAAGUUCACAUGAAUCUAUAAUUUAUAAGAAUGGCUGACUCUGAAAUGAAGAGUAAUGAGUCAGAAGAAUAUGAAGAGACUAAGCGUCGUUAUGAUUAUGAUCUCUUCGUCAUUGGUGGAGGAUCAGGAGGACUUGCUUGUGCUAAAGCAGCUCAAGAGUGUGGAGCAAAGGUAGCUGUAGCUGACUUUGUCAAGCCCUCUCCUCAUGGAUAUGGAGUUGUGACUUGGGGAGUUGGUGGAACUUGUGUCAAUGUGGGAUGAAUACCAAAGAAAUUAUUACAUUAUUCAGCAAAUUUGGGAGAAGCUUAUGUUGAUAGAGCUAGUAGUGGAUGGGACCAUGAGAAGCCAAAACACGAUUGGGGUAAAAUGAUUUCUAAUAUUAAUAAUCAUAUUCGAGCUAUUAAUUUUAGCAUCAAAACUGAUUUGAGGAAGAGAGGAAUAAAAUUUUAUGAAAAAUUAGCUUCUUUUGCUGAUCCACAUACUAUUCAACUUUUAAACAAGAAAGGCAAGACAGAAUUAGUGACAGCAAAUCAUAUUGUUAUUGCAACUGGGGGAAGGCCUCUCUACCCUGAUAUCCCUGGAGCAAAGGAGUAUGGUAUUACAAGCGAUGACAUUUUCUGGCUGAAGAAAAAUCCAGGUAAAACCUUGGUCAUUGGCGCAUCUUAUAUUGCACUUGAAUGAGCUGGAUUUUUACAUAGUUUUGGUAACGAUGUUUCUGUGUGAGUAAGAUCGGUCUUUUUGCGGGGCUUUGAUCAGGAUAUGGCUAAUAUGCUUGCCAAGGAUAUGGAAGAACAUGGUGGAGUCAAAUUCAUUAAAAAUUCAAUACCUACCAAAAUCGAAAAAGAUGAAGAAACAGGAAAGCUCAUAUGAUAUCUCACCUCUAGAGAAGAGGAAAUUACUAUAGAAGUUGACACAGUUUUGUUUGCAAUUGGUAGAUAUGCUGUUACAAAAGAUCUAAACCUUGAAAAUGCGGGUCUCAAAGUAGAAUCAAACGGUAAAUUCAUUACAGAUGAGUUUCAACAAACUAAUGUGGAGAAUAUCUAUGCUAUCGGAGAUGUGAUUCAUGGGAAAUUAGAACUAACACCCACUGCAAUUCAAACAGGUAAACUACUUGCAAGAAGAUUGUAUGCUGGUGAAACCACAACUAUGGACUUUUGUGAUAUUCCAACUACAAUCUUCACUCCUUUAGAGUAUGGAUGAGUUGGAUACUCAGAAGAAGAAGCUAAGGAAAAAUAUGGAGACGCCAUUAAGGUAUAUCAUACUUACUUCAAGCCAUUAGAGUGGAACUAUGCAAAAUCAAUUUAUAAAUAUCGAAAUUGAUAUGUUAAAGUAAUUAUAAACACUACAGAGAAUGAUCGGGUAAUUGGCUAUCAUUUAUUGGCUCCAAAUGCAGGAGAAAUUACUCAAGGAAUUGCAAUUGCCAUUAAGAUUGGCCUUACUAAACACAAGUUAGAUAACUGUGUUGGAAUCCAUCCAACUGUUGCAGAAGAAGUAACGGAUCUCAAGAUUGAUAAAGCAAUCAAUCCUGAUCCAGUCAAGACAGAUUGUUGAUCUUAGAGCAUCUGUACAUAUUAGUCAUUGCUUUUACAAAGGCAAUCACUAAUAGCAGUACGGAAUAAUUAAUCUGAAAAGGGGAGGACCCAGUAAGCUAUAGAUCAUACUCAAAAUGAGCUAUAGCUUUUAUGAUACUUCUUUCCUUCAAAAAUAUAAAGGAAACAAGUUGAAAAGCUGGUAAUUCCCUGAGCAGCUUCAGCAAUAAUUGUUUUUAAAUUUUAAGUGUAGGUGUGAUUCAUCGGUUAUUG